ACAAUUCAAUUUUUGUUUUCUCUAGAAAUGAGUUGGGAGAAUCGAAAGCUGAACCUCAAGUUAUCGUUGGAAAUCCAGGAGAAAAUCAUUCAACAACACAGCCACCAAUCCAAUCAACAACUCCUUCUCUGGAAUACACAACAGUAAUGAUAACAACACCACUAACCGAAGCAACAACACAAUCAUCAUCUGGUAUAUCAACGACCUACGAACCUACCUAUCCUCCGACUUACGAGCCAACUUAUCGCCCCACUUAUCGUCCGACCUAUGUACCGCCUUCUUCAACUUAUGGUCCGACUUACGAACCAACUUAUCGCCCCACUUAUCGUCCGACCUAUGUACCUCCUUCUUCAACUUACAGCCCAACUUACGAGCCAACUUAUCGCCCCACUCAUCGUCCGACCUAUGUACCUCCUUCUUCAACUUACCGCCCAGCUUACAAACCAACUAACAGACCUACAACAAAUCCGCCGAACGUAACAACAAUACAACCACCACCAAUAUAUGAACCGGAAAUAAACUAUUUCAAAUGCCACGAUAAUCAAGCAGACAUUUCAUGGAUACCACGCGGUAAUACUGAAAAUAUUGUAUAUUACACGAUUGAGCACAGCACUUCAUUCAAACCAUACGUUUGGAGUAUUUUCGUUGAUAAAACUGAUGCAAAUUUCCAUGUGAUUUCAUUGAGUCCUGGUACUACCUAUACCUUCCGUGUGAUUGCAACAGAUAAAAAUGGAAAAUUCAGUCAAUCAAGUGAAACUGAAAUGUGUUCAACCAAACCAGAUGCUCCAUAUACAAAUCCAACCAAUGUGUACGUUAAAAGUGCAUCAUCAAACUAUUUACUCGUCUCAUGGAAACCAAUGGCACAAUCGAUACACAACGGUCCAGGAUUCUUCUAUCGCAUAUACUAUAGACAGGCUGGACUAGGCUGGAUUCGACCAUGGAAUCAGGAAACUGUCACUGAUUGGAAGCAAGACAAAUAUCUAUUAAAGUAUUCAUCUUCUCUUAAGUGGGAAAUAAAAGUUGUGGCUGUUAAUAAAGUUGGCGAAUCCAAAGUCAAACCUAUAGUCAUUACAAUUUAACAAAAUGUUAAAUUAGUAGUAAAUCCUCUUGUAUUUCAAAAAAUAACAAUUAAAAUAUUAUCACGAAUGUA